AUGACAACCGUAAUCGACUCCCACAUCUUCACCAACCUCUUCUCCACCCCUGAAAUCACCGCAAUCUGGUCCGACCGGCAACGUACCAGCUACUACCUGCAAUUCGAAGUCGCGCUGGCCAAAGCCCAGGCACAAUUAGGUAUCAUCCCGGCCAAAGCGGCCGAGGAAAUCGUCAAACAUGCCACCCUCGACAACAUCGAUUUCGACGAGUUGCGCCGGCAGACAGAGCUGAUUGGCUAUCCUGUGUUACCAAUGGUGCAGCAGAUUGUGCGCAAGGUGAAUGAGGUUGAGCCGGGGUUGGGGGAGUGGUUGCAUUGGGGCACCACCACGCAAGAUCUCACCGACACAGCCGUCGUCCUGCAACUGCGCGACACGCUGCAACUCGUCGAAACCUCCCUCAACGCCAUCAUCAAAGCCCUCACAGCGCUAAGCGAAAAGUACAAAUCCACUCCGAUGCCCGCGCGCUCCAAUCUCCAGCAAGCAGUGCCCAUCUCCUUCGGCUUCAAAACCGCCCGCCUCCUCGCCACCUUUCUCCGCCACCGCCAGCGCCUCCACCAACUCAGACCACGUCUUCUCGUGCUCCAAUUCAGCGGCGCAGCAGGCACUCUAGCCACCAUCUCCCCGGAAUCUUCUCACGCCCCAGUCCACGCUGACGCCACCACCCUCGCCGUGCAAUGCCAAUUGCUUGUCGCCGAGCACCUCGACCUCGCCCUCCCCGAGAUCGCCUGGCACACAGAGCGCGACAGCCUCGCGGAAACGGCCACCUUCCUCUCCCUCCUAACCGCCAGCUGCGCCAAGUUCGCCACCGACCUCAAACUCAUGAUGCAAUCGGAAGUAGGCGAGGCGCGCGAACCCUACGUCCCGCACCGCGGCUCGAGCAGCACCAUGCCGCAGAAGCGCAACCCGAUCGGCAGCGCGUACAUCUGCGCCAUGGCCAGCAGCGUGCGCGCGCUCGCCGGCGGCAUGGUCGAGGCGGUCGUCGCCGACCACGAGCGCAGCACGGGCCCCUGGGAGAUUGAGUGGAUUACGCUGCCGCAGAUUUGCGCGCUGAGUCAUGCGUGUUUGGUGCAGACGCAGUAUUUGCUGGAAGGGCUGGAGGUGGAUGAGGAGGGAAUGAAGCGGAAUUUGGCGCUGAGUCGCGGCGCGAUUGUCUCGGAGGCGGUGAUGAUGGGGUUGGGUAAGAAGAUUGGGCGGCAGUAUGCGCAUGAUGUUGUUUACGAGCUUUGUCGGAGGGCGCAGCUGGAGGAUAAGUCGUUGUUGGAGUUGUUGAAGGGUGAUGAAGGAGUGAAGAAAGCAGGCUUGUCGGAUGAGGAGUUGGAGGGGCUGUGUGAUCCGGCAAACUAUCUGGGACUGAGUGAGGUGAUGGUAGAGCGGGUAUUGGCAGCGGCAGUGGCAGAGGAAGCCUCGUAG